AUGCACCACGUGAGUAGGGUGAGAGGCCUGGAGACUCAACUGGUGUGGGCCAUCUCCAAGGAGACAGCCAGGCUUAAUCCAGAGGGCAUCCCCUACUGUGCCACCAAAGUGCAGUCCAUCACUUGGAUCCAGCGUGUGGCUGGCAGGGUGACCCACUAUGCGUCUCACCUCCGCCACGAGACGUCUGUGGACGUGACGCUUGGCUGCUACCAGCAGACUGAUGUCUCAGUGGUGUACGCCACUCUCCACAUGGGGCUGGAUGGGCUUCUCUCCUCUUCAGCGUGGUCGGAGGCUGCCUCCUUCUCUACGCCCACCACUCAGCAGUUCUCUGACCCAGAGCCUGAGGGCCACAACUGCUAUGAGGGCUGGGAGGAGGACCUGCUGCCUGAGGAGAGGGAGGUUCCUCUGCUAAACCUCUACCUUACCACCAAGAGAGUGGAGGACAUCGCCCUGAGGCUCGUCUCCCUGCGCCAGGCCUUCACUACCCUGCUUGGUUCCACCCUGAGCAGGAACCAUCUGUUUGUGGCGGGAAAGGUCCUCCUGGGCGCACUGGUUCAGGCCAACCACAUGGACGAGGCCAAGUUCCUCCGUACCUAUAAGGACUUUGUGGACUACCUGAGUGACCCCUCCAAGCGGAAUGACAUUGAGAGGGAGCUGGCUGAGGCAAAGAUCCAUCAUGUGAACAUGAUAGAUGUCCUCUUUGAGCUGGUGCUGUUUGGGUUAAUGACAGCUCAGAAGUCCCUGAUGGUGCACCCUGGUGGGUUCGUGGAGCGUCUGUACGCUCUCCUGUACUCCUUCCUGCCCACUGCUGCCAAUAUGGAGCCAGAGGCUGACAGAUACCUGCUGCUGCUCAAUGAUUCUUGUGACACUUUGCCACCCAACAGGGAUCUAGACACCAAUGCACUACAUUACUUUAGCCUGACGCCCACUGUUGACAUGGCUGUGAUCUGA